UCAUUUUGUCUUCCAUCUCACACGGUUGUCAUUCAAGAGAUGACCUCAGCUACACCUUCCAACUCCCAGAGCACCUCCCCCCAGAAGGUGUGCCAUUCUCAGACGACCCAGACAGAUGAAAAGAAGCCACUACUUACAGGGGAGAUCGUCGGAGGACAGGGGACACGGUGGAGACACCGACGCGUGCUCUCCAAGGAUGGCCGGAGCAACGUGUGCAUCGACCACGUCAGCGGGCGUGGGGCGCUCUACCUGCACGACCUCUGGACCACCUUCUUGGACAUGCAGUGGCGCUACACUUUCUUCCUGUUCUCCGCCACCUUCGCCGGGACCUGGUUCCUGUUUGGGGUGCUGUGGUACCUGGUGGCCCUCGUUCACGGAGACCUGCUGGAGUUUGACCCCCCGUCGAAUCACACCCCGUGCGUGAUGCAGAUGCAGACCCUGACAGGCGCCUUCCUCUUCUCCCUGGAGUCCCAGACCACAAUCGGCUACGGCUCCCGGUCCAUCACUGAAGAGUGCCCUGUCGCCAUCAUCCUCCUCAUCCUCCAACUUGUCAUUACCAUGGUGAUGGAGAUCUUCAUCACUGGCACCUUCCUCGCCAAGGUGGCACGGCCUAAGAAGCGAGGGGAGACGGUGAAGUUCAGCCAGCAUGCGGUGGUGUCCAACCAUGAAGGCCGACCCUGCCUCAUGAUCCGAGUGGCCAACAUGCGCAAGAGCCUCCUUCUGGGAUGCCAGGUGACUGGGAAGCUUCUGCAGACCUCUUUGACCAAGGAGGGCGAGACAGUACGCCUGGACCAGAGGAAUGUCCCCUUCCAGGUGGACACCUCCAGUGACAGCCCCUUCCUCAUCCUGCCCCUCACCUUCUACCACGUGAUUGACGAGAGCAGCCCCUUGCGACCCUGGGUUGCCAAGGGUGGGGGGUGGACAGACCCCGAGCUGGCCGACUUCGAGCUGCUGGUGAUCCUGAGUGCGACGGUGGAGACCACGUCUGCCACCUGCCAGGUGCGCACCUCCUACCUGGCCAAAGAGAUCUGGUGGGGACAUGAGUUCUCACCCAUGGUCUCCCUUUUGCCCUCCGGGAAGUACGUGGCCGACUUCUCCUUCUUCGACAAGGUGGCCAAGACCCAGCCUCUGUUCAAGCAGAUCCCCACCCAGAGCCCACCCCCACAUGGACAGCCUGGGGGCGGAGUCAUUGAAGGGGCGGACCCAGAAAAGAUGCGCCUAGAACAGAGCUGCAGGCAAAGGGGGGAAGAACGAGUGAGGCCUAGAGACAGCAGACGACAUCGCGCCCGUAUCAGCAACGUGUAGCGUGAUGACAGGCAGCUUGUACAAGCACAACUGGAGUGAACACUCCUGCUUCGUGCUCAUGCUUGUCUGACUGACUGAUGAGGCUUUUUUUUAAUGAUAGCUCUGGUCUCUCUUUUGUUUUUAUUGUCUUACCUUAUGUAGACUUUGUUGGAAAUGGAGAAGAAACUGCAUUGCCAUUAAGUGCUUCAUUGGUGUCAUGGAGAAGGCCAUUUGUGUAUCCUGAAGGGGCUGUAGAAUGAUUUCUGUGUUGUUUGGGAAUAUUGUGGCACAGCGGGACUCCUGUACCCCGGAGUGCCCUGCAGGGGUCACUGUUUCUUGACUCGCCGUUUUCAGCUUUUCACAGCAUCUGCAGGGCUAUGCGUAGACCAGCAUCUCCUGAUCUUUCUUAAACCCUGAAGCUUAACUCCCUGACAGCACUAAAUGAACCAUAGACUGAAACAGUUCAACAUUUCCAUCAUAUUCCGGGCUUAAGGCCUCAUUUUGUCAAACCUUGACGCACUGGUGGCCUCCAGGACUAGAGACAGGAAGGUGCCCAGAAAAGCACAUUGUACACUUUAAUAAAAGUUGUCCUAGUGGCACAAAUGUAAUCAACUUCACCACAGGAAAGAAUGCCAAAUUCUCUUUUAGAAGCCAAGGUCAUGUUAUGUGUAUGUGUGUGUGUGUGUGUGUGUGUUUAGAUCACAUUUGAGGACCAAACUGUCCCCAAAGUGUAGUAAAAACUGAACUUUCCCUACUUUUGGGGACAUCAUUUGAGGUCCCCAUUUGGGUAACGUCAGAUUUAUAAAAAUCUGUGAAUGCAAUCAAAAAAGUAAAAGUGCCAAAAGUCUUGUAUUUUGGUUCGUUACUUAUGCUACAUUAGAAUUGAUUUUGGCGCCAUCUAGUGGCGGUAGGUACUUCAGCCACUGCGUUGCCAGCGCCCGUAGAGGUAAGAAAACCAAUGCAGGAGACGCCACCUGAUUAUAGUCGGGCAUGAAACUACUUCCGUGCUCAGCUAAUAAUAAAAACUGUACUUGACAACAAUUAAGCUUUCGUUUCAUGAAACUGUUUGUAAUCAAAGAUAUUUAUAUGACUUUUCAUAUGAAGUUACUUUGUUCGUGCCAGUUAUGAGUUACACGAGUCAAAAUCCCACAGAUCCGUGCCUCUUAUUUAAUGCCAGCAGCUGCGUUCUAACGGUUUAUGUCAAAAUUAGAGCUGUACUUAAG